AAACUUGGCUUAUCAGUUUCCGCCAUUUUGUCGGUUGGCAAAACAUUGAACGUUACAUUUAGUCUUGUGCAGCAUUAUAUUGAAUAUUCUUUUACAAUUAAUUAUUUAUUAUUUAAUAGAAAAUUGUUUUUCACUCGUACAAAUAUCUUUUAAGCUAUAAAUUUUCUCAGGACCAUUUAGAGAUAUUUUUCUCCAAAAUUCGUCAGCGUUUUGGUAAUAAUAAUAACCCUAAUGUAAUAGAAUUUAAAUCAUCUAUGAAACAGAUGUUUUUAGAUUUUUUGGUAGGUGAGACUGACCAAUCCAGAAUUAUUAAGGAUAAUAUUCUUUAUUAUAUUACUGGUUUUAUUGUUAGAAAGUUUCUUAAAAUAAUUGAUUGUUCAACAUGUGUAGACAAUCUUAUAGAACAAUCAAGUGAACAUAACUAUAGUCAUAAACAUGUCUAUUCUGUAUCGACUGAUGUGAAAAAUGGAGGUGGAUUAUUAAAGAGUUCAAAAAAUGUUAUGAAAUUAAUUAAAUAUAUUGGAAAUUCUUUAAUCAAAUUAACUAACAACAAUUUUACUUCUCAUAUAUCUGGUUUAUCUGCAAAAAUAAUAAUUUCAACCAAAAAUUAUGAUUAUAAUUUCAAUAUCUUACAAAAUAUGACAUGUUCCGAUCAUUCAUUUUUAGAAAAUCAUAGAUUACAUUUAGUAACACUAAUCUGUAAGGAAUAUUUAAAAAUAUGUCUACAUCAUGUUGCCAAAUCAAAAACGUCUUCUAUUGUUAGUAAACGGCGACAAUUGACCAAAUUAGUAUUAUUUAGUAAUAUGUGAUUGUAUACUGUGUACGUUUUAAUAAUAAAUUAAUGUAUAUA